GUGAAUUUCUAGGGUGGUCAAUGCGCGCUUAAAACGAAGAUUGUCAUUUGUUUCGGAGGUCUUUAAUAAUGACGUCGUUUUUCGAGUCAGUUUGUGAUGCUGCGCCGAUAGAAGUAUACGCAUUAACUGAAGCAUGUAAUGAAGACAAAGAUCCUAAUAAAGUCAAUCUUGGUGUUGGUGCUUAUCGCACGAAUGAAGGCAUACCGUGGGUUUUGCCAGUUGUACGAACAGUUGAAUCCACAAUGGCGGCGGAUCACAGUCUCAAUAAAGAAUAUCUCCCAGUAGCCGGUUUAGAUAGCCUGUGUAAAGCAGCAUCAAAACUUAUUCUCGGUGAUACAAGUGAACUCCUCUCUUCUAAAAAAGCUGAUAGCUGUCAAACUUUAGGAGGGACAGGAGCAGUCUACCUGGCUCUACAGUUUUUGUUUAACAUUUCCAAAUGCACUUCUGUCUAUAUAUCCAAUCCUUCGUGGCCUAACCAUGCGGGUAUUUCACGUCUUGUGGGCUUGAAAAUAAAUGAAUAUCGUUAUUGGGAUUCUUCGUCGAGAGGGGUCAACUUUUCAAACAUGCUAGAAGACUUGACUAAAGCACCUGAGAAGGCAAUCGUCAUUCUUCAUGCAUGUGCACACAACCCAACAGGAACCGAUCUGUCCCGCGAACAAUGGAAGGAACUAGCAGAACUCAUUAAGAAGAAACAUUUAUUUCCUGUCUUCGAUAUGGCUUAUCAAGGAUUCGCUAGCGGAGAUCUUGAUAACGAUGCCUGGGCUGUGCGUCAUUUUGCAUCAAUGAACAUGGAAUUGUUUGUGGCUCAAUCGUUUUCAAAGAAUUUUGGACUAUAUAAUGAACGUGUAGGCAAUUUACUCUUCAUUACACAAGAUCCUGUAGUUACUUCACGUGUAAAAUCUCAAAUGAAGUCAAUUAUUCGUCAAACUUGGUCUAAUCCACCACAACAUGGUGCACGAAUUGUUGCUACAAUAUUAAAUAAUCCUUCACUAUUCACUGAAUGGAAAUCCUGUGUAGUCACUAUGGCUGAACGUGUUCGUCAAAUGAGACAAGGACUUUAUGAAGGAUUGAAGAGCUUAGGAACACCUGGAAAUUGGGAGCAUAUUAUUAAACAGAUUGGCAUGUUUUCUUUUACUGGUUUAUCACGAUCACAAGUUCAAUAUCUUCGAUCAAAACAUCAUUUAUAUGUGAUGAAUGAUGGUCGUAUUAAUAUGUGCGCGUUAACCACAGAAAAUAUUGAACGUAUUUCUAAAGCUAUCCAUGAUGCUGUUUGUAAUAUCAAAGAAUAAUGCGGGAUGACUUCAUGUUACUCAUGACACAUAAUAUAAUGAUUACAGACAGUUUUCAACAUAUAAAUAUAUAUUAGUGUCGUGAGUUAUUACAUACUCAACCUUUUUAUAUAAAAUAAUGCCUUCACCUUCUUUUUUUACUUUACUUUACUCUAUAAAAAGAAAUUUUUGUUAUGUAUUCAGUGAUUCCAUCCUUCUUCGACUUCUUCGUCAUCUUAUUUUUCUCAAUUCACCACCACCAUUUUUGUGUUUUCCGCGCUAUUCAGAUUUUUGUCAGCAGUGAGUAGUGAGUAGUGCAUGGACAAUAACCAACAGCUAGAACAACCAACAUAUCUAUGUGAACCUAUUUUCUAACACACACACACACACAAACACUAUUAAUAAGUAUUAUAUUCAGCAUCUAUUAUUAUUGUUACUGCUCUUCCAAUUGUAACAAGGCAAACUCGAAGUGAGUAUACAUAUUUCUUUUCUCCCCUGCAAACUUUCAUGAUGUGUACAAUCACUAUUCUUUUGGUGCUCCGGUGUUGUUUUUUGUUCUCAUUUUUUUACCGGUUUGAAAGCCUCCCCACCCACCCCCUUAUAAUGUGGGGGUUAUAAUUUACAAG